GGGGCAGUGACCCAUGCCCAGCUGAGGCAGAGAUUUCCAGGAGGAAAUCUGCCCCGUCCCCAAUCUACACGGAUCCACACCCUCACAGCACAUCUGCAUUUGACAUCCCGAAGUGUCCCUGGCCUGCAUGUGCAGGCUCGGGUGGGGCACUGCUGAGUCUGCCUCCCAGCCAGAUCCACCAUCCCUGCACUGCUGGGGACUUGGGGAAGCUGGGAGCCCUGGGCUCUGGAGGCCUCAGGUUCUUGCUGGUGGAAGGAGGGAAGUUGGAAUCCUGCGCUCAUCCCUGGUGAGAAGCAGUGAGCCACAUUACGGAUGAGUGGGUUUCCAAUGAGGCACAUGACACCCCCCAACACUGCAAUUCCCUGAGCCCCGCGGUCCCUGUGGCAGUCCCCAUCUUCCAGAUGGGAAGGCUGAAGAGUGAGCGCUGCAUGCAGGGGGUAAGUAUCCUGACAAACUGCUGCAGUGACCCCUGCACUGGGACAAGGACAGCAUCCUCACUGCACCCUCAUUCAGCCAGUGCUUGGCAGGGAAUGGGGCAGGAAGGCCCCUUCCCACCACCUUCCCACCCUCCCCGGCUGGCCCACUCCAUUGGAAUCCUGAGCUGCCCCUUCUGAUUGGCUGGGCACAGGACAAUGGGAAGGGCACUUGUGGGCCUCACCCCCCAGGCAGAAGAAACCAGGCCAGAUUCUUGUGUGCUGGGCAGGGGCUGUGGGGACGGAGGGUCCCUUGGGUCCCAAUGGGCACCUUAUUAGAGGGCAUCAAGCAAGGGCAACUCCUGAGGGGGGGGCAGUUUCUCUCUGGGUGCUGUUAUCAGUCCCAGCAUCCACAGGACGCUCUUUGGGUUAAUGUGUGACCAUGACCUCUUUCCUCCUCAUCCUGACUCACCAGCUUCCAGGUACAGGCCACUCUGGCAUCGUACCAGCAUGGAGAGUGGGAAGGAAGUGCUGCUCCUGAAGACGCUCCUAGUCCAAGUGAGGGCCUGCAGAGGCACGGGCCUGGGGCAGGGCCUGGGGCAGGGCCUGGGGUAGGGCCUGGGGUCCUCUGCCUGCCCAGGAGACAGAAAAUCCUGGUCCCCGAAUAGGUCCUGCUGGGACAGCUCUGGCCUGGGGUGGGGGUGAAGUGGGGAAGCUGGGAGAUCUGAGUCUCAGCCUGGUCAGGCCUGGCCCCUCUGAGGGCUAGAGCUGGACUGAGUGCUGAAUGAGAGUUCGGUGCUUGUCCUCUCUGAAGCACCAACAGGCCCGCAGAUGGCUGAGCCCCUUCAUCGUCACCUGUUCCAUCUACUUCCUCUGGAUUCCUGAGCAGUCGACCUGGGUCAGCGCCCUGGUCAGGAGCCUGCCUGUGCUCUCCCUGGUGGUGUACCCGUGGGCCCUGACCUCUGGCGGGAGCUACGCCUGGCUUCUCCAGGGAGGCCUGGUGUGCUCGGCUGUGGGGAACGCCUGCCUCAUCUGGCCCGAGGCCUUCCUUCAUGGUGAGAGGGUGAACAGCUCUCUGGGCACCCACCUCCCUCCUCAGGUAUGACCGCCUUUGCUGCUGCCCACCAUCCUGGCCUCUGUGGUGUACUACGGCCUGCUUCUGCUGCACCUUGAGCCGGACAUGUUCCUGCCAGUGGCAGUCUACAUGCUGGUGGUGUCCGCCAUGCUAUGGCGUGGCCUGGCCCAGGGUGGGAGUGCUGGCUGGGGCGCUCUGCUCCUCGCGCUUUCUGAUGCCAUGCUGGCCUGGGAUGUCUUUGUCCACCCCCUGCCCUAUGCCCGCCUCGUGACCAUGUCCACCUACUACUUAGCCCAGCUGCUCAUCACCCUGUCAGUCAAGAGCCUAGAGCUCAAGAACGACUGACCAGGAGCCAGAUGCCCAGUCCCCUCCCUCCCCUCCCCCAGAGACUGACCCAGCCUGAGAAACACCCUCACGGCCAAGCCUCGGGUGCAGCUGCAGUGCUGUCUGUCUCGAGACGCCUGUGUGCUCUUGGCAUUCCAAGCCUGCCGCUGGGUUCAAGCUUCCUUCCCUGGGUUCUGGCUCUGGACUCUGGGCCUCUCGGCCAGACCCGUAUUCUGCCUUCCCCUGUCUCCCCACCUUCUGCCCCUUCCCACGGCUCCCAUCUGUCCUCUCGUCGCCAAGUAAAGUGGGAAUUGAAACAGA